UAGAAAGAAAAAAGGGAGCAAAGAUUCAGCGCCCCAUCACGGAACGAAGAGCAUCUAUACCUUCGCUUCUUCUCGCCCUCUCUCCGAAGCAUCAAACGCCUCCUUUCGAAUCCCUAGGGCGUUGAUGAGCUCCGCUGCCGGCCCUCCUCACCUUUCUCCCCCGCUCCGUCGGUCCAAGGGCGUGGUGUCUUUUUGAGGACUGAGCGUUCUUUGUGGAUCGGGCGCUUGUUGAAGAAUUUCAGAAUUAAGCACAGCAGCUAUGCAGAAGGAUAGCAAUUCAAGUGACCCAUUAAAUUCUGUUCGUGUCCGACAUCGUAAACGUUCUACUGAGGCCCCUCCAGAUGCAACUAAGCCAAAUGGACCUCAGUUGCUUGUUAAUGACCGAAAUAAGUAUAAGUCAAUGCUUAUUCGUACGUAUUCAUCAAUCUGGAUGAUUGGGGGGUUUGUGUUUAUUGUCUACAUGGGUCAUCUUUAUAUCUGGGCAAUGAUUGUUGUCAUCCAAAUCUUUAUGGCAAAGGAGCUUUUCAAUCUUCUUCGAAAAGCUAAUGAAGACAGACAACUUCCUGGAUUUAGGCUCUUGAACUGGCAUUUUUUCUUCACUGCAAUGAUAUAUACAUAUGGACGCUUUCUUAGCCGGCAGCUUGUUAACACGGUCACUUCAGAUAAAUUGCUAUAUCAGCUUGUCAGUGGGCUGAUCAAAUAUCAGAUGUUUAUAUGUUAUUUCUUGUACAUUGCAGGUUUUGUCUGGUUUAUUCUUACUCUAAAGAAAAAAAUGUACAAGUAUCAGUUUAGCCAGUAUGCGUGGACACAUAUGAUUCUGCUUUUAGUGUUUGCACAGUCUUCCUUCACAGUGGCGAAUAUAUAUGAAGGAAUUUUCUGGUUUCUCUUGCCAGCCUCACUUAUUGUCAUCAAUGACAUUGCGGCAUAUUUCUUUGGUUUCUUUUUUGGGCGAACACCAUUAAUCAAAUUAUCCCCGAAGAAGACUUGGGAGGGUUUCAUUGGUGCAUCAAUAACAACUAUUUUCUCAGCAUUUGCGCUAGCGAAUAUUUUGGGCCGCUUCCAAUGGUUAACAUGCCCUAGAAAGGAUUUGUCUACUGGAUGGCUUUACUGUGAUCCUGGUCCGAUGUUUAAACCUGAGCAUUAUUCAUUGACAGGAUGGGUGCCUCAAGGGUUUCCAUGGAAGGAAGUGCGUAUAAUGCCUGUUCAGUGGCAUGCCUUAGCACUUGGUUUAUUUGCAUCAAUUAUCGCACCCUUUGGAGGAUUCUUUGCAAGCGGUUUCAAACGAGCUUUCAAAUUUAAGGAUUUUGGCGAUAGCAUUCCUGGACAUGGGGGAAUAACUGAUAGAAUGGAUUGCCAAAUGGUCAUGGCUGUGUUUGCAUACAUAUAUCAUCAGUCAUUUGUCAUGUCCCAAAGCUUUUCAGUUGAGAUGAUCCUGGAACAGAUAUUAAGGAACCUUUCUUUCGAGGAACAACAUAUUCUAUAUAUGGAACUGGGCAAAAUUUUCCAUGAAAGGCAGUUGAUGCAGUAGUGAAACUGCAGUUGCGACAGCAGUAUUAUUCCCGACUUGCAUGCCGCACGUCGUGUUGUGUAAUUUAUGCACCAUUAGUAAUUCUGUGUUUGAGUUCUUGUAUAGCCUUCUUUUUAUUUGUUUUUCUGACAUUAUAUAGCUGUGAUACGGCUUUCAAUUUAUUAAAGGUCUAACUUAUUCUAGAAAUUUGUUCCAUUCCAUUGCAUAUGUUACUUGCAAGGUUAUGGUGCAGCAACGUUUUAGUUCAAUCUAUUACUGUGAUAGUUUGCCUUGUGAUUUUUUCUUCA